UAUGACCUCUGUGUGAUCAGGAAUACAGUCCAGUUGAUAUUAUGCUCCCGCGGUACGUCAAUUGUCCUCAAAUAAUGUGGAAGUGCUGUGUAGUUCUGUCUGUUCUAUUAACUGUUGGAUUUGGACAAGAUGAUGUUGAGGUUACAACAGACUCAAAAUUGGCGGAAGGAGAGAAGAAAAUGAGCGAUCAAAUUCUGGUGAUCCUUGAACACUUUAAGCAGCCCAAUCCAGUUGGGAUUCCCGGAGCUGAUGUACCCGACCCGUAUCCAGUGCCAGAUAUGAAGCAAUCUCUGUCCCUUGGCACUUUAUAUUUUAAAAACACUGCCGUAUAUGGAAUAAGUAACUUUAAAAUUUUAUACGUGAACGCAGAAAUAGGAGCUAUGGAGGUUAACGCUGCAUUAGCAAUAGACAAAAUACAAGCCCGAGGUAACUAUACUCUGUCCACGUGGCUAAACAGAGCUCAGGGACCUUUCACUGUUGACAUAUCUGGUCUUAAAAUAAUGGCUAAAGCCACAUUGGGCGUCGAAAGAGAUGGAAAACUACAAGCGCAAGGCAUAACUAUAGACCUGGGGUUCACCAACAUUGCUGUCAAUUUUGAAAAUUUAGGUUUCUUCGGCAGCAUGUUCCAAGGAAUUGUAAACUCAGUGGGCACAUUCCUAUUUGAUUCUAUCAAGCCAUAUGUACUUCAAAUGGAACUCGAUCCUUAUAAAGUUAAGGAUUACAACACAACAGCCAGCGUGUUUACGAUCAACUUAAAUCAUACUUGGAUUAUGGGUAUAUCUUCUUUUCAACGAGUGGGCAACAUUACCUUAAAGUUAGAGAACAACACGGUCAUAGCUGACUUUGAAAUUGGAACACAAAAGUUGCAAGGCCUUACGCAAUGGGAGAUAUCAGCUAUCAGCGGUCUGUUGUCAAGAGCGGGCACGGCCUCUUUCUCAGUUGAAUACAUAAGUGGCAGAAUAGUACUAGCUCAGCCGCUGGACACAAGGAAACAACCUCAAUUCAGAGAUUUAGAUCUCGAAGUAGGUAACAUUCAAGUUCGUUUCGACGGUGCGGGAACAUUAGAUUACAUAAUCGAGUUGGCCGUCAACGUGCUUCCAAAUUUACUAAGGUAUCAAAUAAUGGAUGCUAUAGAGGGUCCUCUCAAAGAAAGACUUCAGCAAGAACUAAACAAAGUUAAUGUAGAAGAAAUGAUAAAACAAGAAUUACCUAAGAUCGAUGAUAUGCAAGAGAAAGGGUUCAAAUUGUCGGCGCUGCGAGUUGCAGAAGCUCAAGACGAACCUUACGAUAAAGACGAUUUUUUUAAUUUUUAAUCCACAAAUUUGAAUACAUUUUAAAAAGCUGUAGCUAAUUUUAUA